UGGCUGGCUCAUGCCAUCCACACAAUGCCCACCCUAUUGAUUGAAGUGUACACCAUCAACAAGAAAUAAGAUUAGGGGUAAAUGCUCUCAACAAUGAGUCUAAUCUGAAAUGGGUCUAUUGGCCCUUAAAAAAAGAUUUGCAGUUGGGAUGCUUGCCGAUUUUGUUCGCUGCUCCUCAGCAAAACAUCUUCACAAUGACUACCAUUCACUGCCAUGCCUUACAGUGUAUCCCAUAAUAGGAGCAAGGGUCUGGCUUACUAUUGUGUGUCUGGUCUCUGUGUGCUGUGUUUGUUUAUUUCAGUAGGAGGGAGAAUUGAAGAGUGCACACCCAGACAGAUGAUGGGCAUUGAGUGGAGGACUUUCAGUUGGGAUACUAUAAGGACAGAGACAGGAUUCUGAAGCCGAAAUUGUAUGUGACAAACAUCUGUGCUACAAAUAAGCAAAUAAGGUUCAAGCAGCCCCAAAAUAACCUGACUCAAGAGACCAGGAGGACAGCACAGGAAGUGUGUCUGCCAAGCAGCUCAAGAGUGACUUCAGUCAGAAGUGUCACUCACUGGUCCUCACAUUAAACAGGUCCGAUUAAGACUUCAAACUUCUAUCCUUCACUCACGCCCAGCAAUCCACCACUUCAUAUAAAAGGUACGAUGGAAGGUUCCAAAUUAGCUCUCUACGUCUUCCUUUUGGUACUAAGCUUCCGCAAAGCCCACUUGUCAGCAAACGUUACCACACCAAUGAACAAAACGGAAGCACCAGAAAGUUCUUCUACAUCAGCCCAGUACGAAACCCUGCCAUCAACAGACACCCCGACUAAUGUCACCGGCCCAGGCUGCUUGAUCGAACCCCAUAUUGGUAUCAUUGCUGUGGCCUCAGCUGGAGGUCUGAUCCUCUGCUUGCUGGUCUCUACUCUGGUGCUAGCCUGCCAGGUGUGCCGUCUGCAGAGACGAGUGCAAGCUCCGCGGCCGUCACGCAGCAAUGCUGACCUGGUGAGCGAUGCGGGCUACUGGGGCAGGGAUUUUGAAGAGGAGGGGGGGGUAGAGGGGCCCUGCGACACCAGCGUCAUGUUGCAGGAGGUGAAAGAGGACAGAAAGACGGUGGAGGAAGAAAAAAACGAGAGAGAAAAUAAAGAGGACGAGGGAGAGGCAAGGCCAGCCACUAAGAUAACAAAUGUGGAUUCUGGACAUGGGGAAAUGGCUAUGCAGAUGCAGAGCUCCAGCUCUAGGAAUUCUUGUUUGGAGGUCCCUGAAAAUCUGGAGGACAUGCCGCUAGUGGUGUGAGAGGGCAUCAGUACUCCUUGAGCUGAGAUGAAGACCUAUAAAAAAAAUUGUAAUCUGCAGCAAACAGUUUAGCCCAGCUUGCUACAUGGCAAAGUGUCCAGUAUCCAGUAUUUUUAGCAUGAUAUGAUACUUUCAAGGGUCUUUCAUCGUAGUAUGAGCUUCUUAUGUUUUUUUUGUUGAAAAUGUAAUUAACAUGUAACCUGCUUUGAAACCAUUUCGUAGUUAGUCUCUCUUUUAAAAUCAUAAAGGUCAGUAGAAAGGGCGAUAGACUUGACAGGGUGGUGGGGAACUAGAUUUGAAUCAAGUGAAUAGAGCAUCUCUGCCAACUGCACAAGUUAAUUACCCUUGCUGCUAAGGUUCAGGAUCUUAAAAGGAGGUGAGUGACUUGUCAUAUGGGUACGCCCAGGCAAUUUAAACAUCAUAGCUUUAAAAACUAUGGAUAUUUGAUUAACAAA